AUGCACGUACCGAUCCACGUUGUGACUACAAUCUACGUGAUGACAUUCGUCAUCGGAGUGCCAGGGAAUUGUUGGGUGAUCGGCAAUUUGCUGAGAAAUCGUCUGUGUGCAACAGGCGGCACUUCACUUUCCCCAUCACAUCGAACGCGGCUUUUCAUCUUCAUUUUGGCCAUCUCUGAUUUGUUAUUGCUGUUGACAAUCCCGGCUGUGAUUCUCUUCAUUCAAACGGCUGAUUGGUUGCUAGGAUCUUUUCUUUGCCAUGUCCAUUUGGCGGUCGACAUUUUCGCAAAACUCUUCUCAGUUGUCGUUUUGACAGCGAUGAGUCUCGAGAGAUAUUUCAUCGUUUGUACAAGAUGGAGACAUUCAUUCAAGAAAGGCCUUACCACAGCUAUCCCAAUGUGUCUCGCUUUGUUGUUAUUCGUGAUUGUUCCGAUGGCUGUGCAAAUUCACUACACAACGAUUAUCGAGAUUGCACUACCGGCGUCGAUGGAUCUAUCAGCACCUACUGAACAGCCAUAUCAAAUUCAUCGUUUAUGUGUACCGGGGAUGAGUGAUCGACUCUUCAAUCUUUUUGCUCACUACAUGUUUUUGACUGGUUUCUUCUUGCCUUUAUUGAUCAUGACAACUUGUUAUAUUCUUUUGAUGCGUCACGUUCGGCGAAAAUUUCGAAUGAGAUGUGAAGCGGGUGGUGCCAGCGGUCGAAGCAUUCGCGAGCCUCGCUACAUGGGUGAAGUGAGAAAAAGUAUUUGGAGGAUUGCCAUUUAUCAUUUCGUUUGUUGGGCCCCCUUUUGGACGGUGACUCUAAUCCCGAUGCUUGUCGCAAAUAUGGAGCUGAACUCUCCAUGGAUGUUUCAUCCUGUUUGGCGGGCAUUGCAACUUUUCAUCAAUAUUCUCCCAAAUAUCAACGCAGCUGGCAAUUGGAUACUUUACGCUUUCCUCAACCGUGACGUUCGUCGUCAUCUCUAUGUGGGGAAACCGUCGAAUAAAAGCAAAACCACUCUCAUUUUCUCAUCGAUGACUAUU